AAUAGUAUAGAUUAUUCAACUUAGAUUACAGAUUAUUCAAAAGUGAAGCACAAACUCAAACGAUGACUCAUGACCUGACAUUUAGUAAAACACAAUGCUAUUUUUCCAGAACAAAUACGCAAACGCGCUAGGAGUGCCGACCAGUCUCCAGCCAAGCAGGCGGAAGUCGAUGAGAUGGUCAGCAACCUUCUCCAAUGGAUUCAGGGCUUUUAUCAGCAGAGGAACAGAAAAGCUCGCCAGUACGUCGGAGGGAAACCAGAAAGGCCAAGACCAUUCGAACCAGCUAGCUACUUACCGCCAUAUCCGCCAGCUGGACAGCGUCCGACGCCGUCGUAUAACGAAGGGCCUUCAUCGUCCUACCAGCCGAGCCAACCAUCACCGAGCCCAUCAUUCCCGUCGCCGACUCAACCUGAACAGCCUUCAUACAAGCCACCACAACAAGACAAUGCCCCGUACCAACCAAGCCAACCUUCGUAUCAGCCCAGCAAGCCUAGUCAGCCUACCCAACCCUCCUACCAACCAAGUCAGCCGAGCCAGCCUAGCCAACCAUCUCAACCUUCAUACCAGCCUAGCCAGCCCACUCAACCGAGUUACCAGCCAAGCCAACCAGGGUAUCAACCUAGUCAGCCAACCUCACCCCCGUAUCAGCCCAGCCAACCGAAUAAACCUGAUGAUACCACUCUUCCGCCCUACGAGGAACCCCAGCAGCCACAGCAACCCCAACAGCCACAGCAACCCCAACAGCCACAGCAACCCCAACAGCCACAGCAGCCGCAGCAGCCACAACAGCCAGACUCUGGUAGCGAUGGUACAUCUUCAACCCCCGCAGUGCCCGAUGAUGAAGACCGUCACCCCCCGCACAUCCACGCUAUCACUGUCGAUUGCGGCAAAGAAAUGAUGACCAUCAACAUCGAAUUCAAUAAAGUUUACAACGGAAUCAUUUACUCUCAAGACCAUUUCAAUGAGCCCGAAUGCGUGUACGUUAGAGAAAACUCUGGCCAAAUAAAAUACUCGUUCACAGUCAGCUUGAACACCUGCGGAACUAGGUUCUUCAGUGACUUCGAGAACGAAGGUCAGGCGUACUUAGAAAACGUUCUGGUGCUGCAAAACGAACCUGGCAUUCAAGAAGUGUGGGACCAUAUUCGCCGCGUCAGGUGCUUAUGGGAAGGCAACCUUACAAAGCAGCUGAUUUCCUCUUUAAGCGUCGGUAUGCUGAACCAGAUUACGAGCAACUUCAGUGGUGAUACUGCCAUGGCACGUUUAGAUAUCCAAAUAGGACGUGGUCCAUUCGCGCCUGAAGCCGACGGCUUGGUCAAGAUUGGAGAAAUCAUGACACUAGUCGUCACAGUAACUGGUGAUGCCGGCUUUGACAUAUUUGUCCGAGAAUGCGUCGCACGAGACUCGGAGAGCCGCCAUAUCGUUCCCUUGACUGAUAGCAACGGUUGUGUGCUUAAGCCUAAGAUUUUCGGCGCCUUCCAGAAGACUAGAGAGACAGGAAAUACUGGAGCGUCGAUUAUAGCGUACGCAUUCUUCAACGCGUUCAAAUUCCCUGAUGAAAUGGAUUUGAUCAUCCAAUGCGACGUCGAGCUGUGUAAGACAGACUGCGAUGCAUGCCCCAAUCCUGGUAGCAUAGAGCCCAGAAGGAAAAGGAGAGAUAUCAUCCAUUUCGGAAACAGGACGUAUGAGCCUUCGACUACCAUCGCCAAGGGUUUGCGUGUGGUAUUUGCGGAAGACUUGCCAAAGGACAACGACAAUUUCUGCUUAUCGCCCACGGCUGCCAUGUGGGGCAGUGUGUUGGUACUUUUCGGUUCAUUAGCGACUAGCAUAGCAGUAUCCUACCUGUGGCAGAGGGGGCGCGGUUCAAGCAAGUUUUUAUAAAAACCGCGAAGUUUAGAAAACUUAUUUAAU